UGUAAUGAUUCAAUUUUUUCAUUCCAAUCGGGUACCGAAUCAUUAUCAUCUUCAUCAUCUACAUCCUCAUCUAAAUCAUCAUCAUCAUCAUCAUCAGGUUUUAAUCGUAUUAAAUGUCAUUGUCCAAAUGUUUAUCAAAAUCAUUUAUUAGAAUCAAAUAUUAACUAUGAUGAUUAUGAUGAUAAUAAUAAUAAUCAUAAUAAUAAUGAUAAACUAAAAAGUGCCAAUAAAAUUAUCGAUAAACAAAAAUUAAAUCAAAAAGUUUUGAUGAUGGAUGGUACAAAUGUAAAACGUGUAUUUCUAAGUCACCAUCAACAACAACAAAAACUACCAACAAUAUGGACAUCAAAAAUAUGGCCAUAUUGGCAACAGAAUUUUCAAUCAUCAUCAACAACAAAAAAUAUAGAUAAUAUUAUAAUUGAUGAUAAAAAUGUUAAUCAUCAUCAUGAUGAACAAACAGCCGGUGUCAUCAAACUUAUCGGAUCAUUUUUAAUUGGAAUACUAUUUUUAUCAUUGGUUGCUAUUGCUGUAUUUAUUCGUGUCGAAACGAAUAAAUCUUCUACGAUAAUGAUAAUGGAUACGGCUGCUUCAUCAUCAUCAUCAUCCAAAACAACAACAACAAUGACAUCGAAUAGAAAUAAAAAUUCAAUGAUAGAAAAUAAUAGCAAAAUAAAAAAUAACAACAACAAAAAUGAAAGAAAUCAUCAAAAUGUUAAUAAUAAUGGUGCUAUCAUUCUAGCAUCUUUAUUAUCAUCAUCGCCAUCAAGAUUAUCAUCAUCAUCACCAUCAAAUGUUGAGCCUAAUCCAACAACAUUACAGAUGGUAAAUAGUUUAUUAAUGGAAGAUGUUGAUUCCUUCAACAAUAACAAAAUUAACAACAGUAAAAAACGUGAAAUUCAACCACCGACAACAAUAGAAACAAUUGAAAAGCGAAAAAUAAAUGAAACAAAUCCGAUUCUAUAUUCGGAAGCCAAAUAUUUGCCAUCAUCAACAAUUAAUUUAGCAGAACAAAAAAAUCCAAAUGAAAUGAUUAAUAAUAAUAAUAAGUCAACAACAUUACAAUCGAUUGUGAUACCUACACAACGUAUCAUCAUUGAAAUGGACAUUAAGGUCACCAAACCAAUAAUAACACAAAAUAACAAUAAUAAUAAUGAUGAUAGUGACAAUGUUAAUGAUGAUGAUAAUAAUAAUUCAUCAUCUUGACGAUUUAUUCAAAAUUAUUAAUAUCUUAAACUGUCACACACAUAUCAGAAUAAUAACA